AAAGUUUUCGUUUUGGAUUUUCGUUUUGAUUUCGCUUUUCUAACAAUAAUAAUGUAACGAAAGAUGAUUUGUCAGGUGAGACACAUUGCAAGCAUUCGAAGUGUGCCCUGCCGAUAAAUCAGCAGAGUGUUAUGAAAAUAUGUUAUUAAAAAUAUAUAAUUUAAUAAGAAAUAAACGAAGUGGAGUUGCCAAUUAAAAUAUCAAAAUUUAGUGAUUAAAUUUUUUAAAAUAAUAUUGUGAGGAUGUGAUCUCAGUAGAAAUUCGACCUAACAUCAUGUUUCUAACCUCCAUCGUGACACAAAUUUUGUUAACAACUAUAGGCUCUAAUUUUUACACUUGAUAUACCGGAUGAAAUGGACAUUAUAAAAUAAAGCUCUGGAUAAUUUAAUAUAUUCUAAAGUGAUAUUUGUACAAACCGAAAUUUGCAAUUAUUUGUAAUUUGACAAUUAUGGAGAAUCAAGUACAUUCAGAGUUGAUUAUGAAGGAAGAACAGGACGAGGAUGAGAUAAAGGAAGGUCGAAAUUCUACUGAAAGUGGCAAGAGCAUCACACCCGACGCGUCAGCGAUCGGCAUACGACCAAAACCUCUUAUUUGCAAACCUGAAAAUGUGAGCAUUGGUUGUAAGUCUGAGCCGAUUGAGACUAAAUGGCAUUGGGCUCCAGGAGCAUGGCAAGAUGCUACUAGAACUAGUGCAUUUCAACCAUACAAGCCACCUACCUUGCUCACAAAUUUGCAACGAGGCAAUACUCAAACUCAAAUACAUCAGCUCUAUGUUGGAAAUGAUAUCACGUUUCAUACUUUAGCAGGUCAAGGGGAACUUACACCCGAUCAUAUGCACUCGUGUGCAGUAGAUGCGACUGAUGAAAAUGAUCUAACAGGAUUGAUGUGGGCGAGUGCUUAUGGACAAUUAGGUAGCGCUAGGCAAUUGCUCAAAUGGAAUUCCAACGUAAAUUUUCAUGGACCAAAAUCAGCGACAAGUUUACAUUUGGCAGCUGCUUACGGUCAUCAUGAUGUAGUUAAAUUAUUAUUAAGUCAUGGUGCGGAUCCAAACGCAUAUGAUGAAGAUGGUAAUACUCCAUUAAUAUACGGAGCAUAUUUUGAUCAUCCACAUGUAUGCUACGAAUUAUUAACAAAAGGUGCAGAGGUAACAGUAACCAAUUCUUCCAGUAUAAGCGCUUACAAAGCAGCAAUCAUGAAUAAUUCGAUGAAUGCUAAAGCAGUUAUCGAGAACCAUUUGAUACCACAAAUUAUAAAUGCAGUAUUCGAUGAUUUGUAACAAUUCAAUAUGAAUAGUUAGUAACAAAUUUGUAUUCAAUGACGUACAGAUUUCUACAAAUCAUAAAUAGAAAGUAUUAUUAGAAAUAGUGAUAUUUUCAUUACCCAAUUAUAUAAAAUUUUUUUUUAUAAAUGAUUAAUGUUUUGAACAAUGUUUUAAUAAAACAAAAAAGCAUGACAUAUAUAACAUGAAAUAUACUAAGAAUAGGGUAUAUGAAUCUACAAAUAAGUAACAAAAUUUGAUGUAUAUAUAUUUGAUAAUACAAUUCUUUACGAGCGCUAUUGCAAUACUAAAAUAUAUGUACCGAAUAAAAAGAGAAUACAAUAACUUUCCGUGUAUGAGUCACGACCCCAUUUUUUCUAAUUAAAAUAUAUCUUUUUUUUUUUUUACAGACGUAUAUAAGUAUUCGGCACUGUUGUCAGACAGUUGUCAAAUAGCAUAAUAAUACAUCAAUACAAAUACAUACCAAACGAUACGUGCCAACAUGUUCAUUAAUCAUAUAAGGAAUGAUUGUAUGGCAAUAAAGAUAAUCAAACAAUAAUCAAUCUUGAUUGUUCAUUGAAAAUUAUGCCUCCCACUGAACUGCGCCAUUUCCACGUUCUUAUAUGCAUAGUAAAUACUUCAUCUAUUAUUUAUUGUAUCUUAUACAACUUCAUAAUUAUCA